AUGGAGGGAAUUGAAUUCCAUCAUGAUGGUGAAAGUAGUUCCAGUUCAAUAAACAGGGGUCGAGAAAUUCAAUCUUCAUACAUGGGAAAUAUUAUUGAACAUAUUGAUAUGGCUUCAAGUGAACAUAUUGAGUUGUUGGAUAGUUGUGAAACGGAAAUAAUAAGCGACCCUCGACAUGAAUUUGUUGUGGAAAAACAGAUUUACAAGGAUAAAGAAACACUCAAUGCAGUUAUGAGGCAAUAUGCCUUUAUGAAGCAGUUUCAAUUUCGGGUGAAAAGGUCUGGUACAAAAAGCUAUCAUCUCGUAUGCCCUGGUGACAAUUGUUCAUGGUGUUUAAAGGACUCAAGUCUAAAUGAGUCAAGGCUUUUCAAGAUUAGGAAUUUCUGUGAUGUGCACACAUGCUUGUUAAAGGAUAGAAUUUAUGAACAACGUCAAGCAACUUCCAAUGUCGUCAGCAUUAUUAUAAUGGAUAAGUAUGAAGAUCCAAAAACAAUAUACACACCCAAGGAUAUAUCUAGGGACAUGAGGAAACAACAUGGUGUAACAUUGACCUAUAUGCAAGCUUAUAGAGCGAAGCAAAAGGCAAUGAUUAUGUUACGAGGGGAUCCCACCGACUCGUAUAGUAAAAUUCCAGCCUACUUAUACAUUUUACAGAAGACAUAUCCGGGAUCGGUUGUAAGAUUGGAAAAAACAGAGGAAGACCGUUUCUUGUAUACCUUUGUAGCACUGGAAGCUUGUAUUAGAGGAUGGGAGUAUUGCAGACCUAUAGUGGUGGUUGAUGGAACCCAUCUUAAAUCAACUUACAAGGGGACUAUGCUAAUUGCUUGUACAUUGGAUCUAGGUGGUUUUAUACUGCCGCUUGCAUAUGGUAUAGUUGAUUCCGAAAAUGAUUCAUCUUGGACAUGGUUCUUUGAGCGGUUCAGGGAUGCUUUUGGUGAGAGGGAGAACAUGUGCUUUGUGUCGGACAGAAACAAAGAGCAGAUGAGGAAAUUAUACUAUGCAAUGGCUAAGGCAUACACCUUCCAAGAGUUUAACGAAUGCAUGGGAAGGGUGACCAAAAUAGAUAGGAAGCUGAGGAGAUACUUGUUUGAGAUUGGUUAUCAUAAAUGGACACGGAUACAUGCAACAGUAAAAAGAACAUGGACACAGACUUCAAACAUAGCUGAAUCUAUAAACAAUGCUACAGUGAAUGCAAGGGAAUUGCCGGUGGCAAAAUUAUUGGAUUUCACGAGGGAAUUGGUUGAAAGAUGGAAUGCGACGCACAAUGAAGAAGCAAAGAAUACAUUCACAGAUCUUACUAAAAAGUAUCAAGAAAUUAUCAACAAGAAUGGGGUACGAGCUUCCACUGAAUUUCUACAUACAGUGAUUGAUGGUGUUAGGAGGUUCACAGUGUGUCUUCGAGCUAGGACGUGUACUUGUGGAAGAUUUCAACUGGAUGAGAUACCUUGCGGGCUGCUAUGGUUGCUAUAG